CGUGAUUGGAUGGCCGCUGACAGGGAGCGCUUCCUCGUCUCGGUCUUUACAUUUCACCACUCACCUUCGGUCGCGUCUGAACGAAUAACCAUGUCAGAGAACCGUGGCGAUGCAGAGGAGCGAGGAGACAGUGUGGACGCCAAAAUCUGGUCUAUAAGGCGAGGUGGCUCCGAGGUUCCUGAUGGGACUGAGAAGGCGGGGCGAGGGGGAAAAGCUGAAGCCGCGUCGGCGGACCCCUACCGCUACAGAAUGGACUACCCCAGCAUAGGAACCUGCGUGAUCAUCAACAACAAGAACUUCCAUAAGAGCACGGGCAUGAACAUUCGUAAUGGCACCGACCUAGACGCGGGGGGUGCGAUGAAGACCUUCUCCGAUCUGGGCUACAAGAUGAAGAUGGCCAAUGACCUUACGGUGGCAGAGUUGGAGAAGCUGCUCCUCUCCGUGUCCAAGGAGGACCACAGUGGCUCCGCCUCCUUUGUGUGCGUGCUGCUGAGCCACGGCGAUGAAGGGAUCUUCUACGGGACGGACGGCUUCACCGAGCUCAAGAAGCUGACGGGAAUGUUCCGCGGCGACCGCUGCAAGACUCUGGUGGCCAAGCCCAAACUCUUCUUCAUACAGGCCUGCCGUGGCACCCAUUUGGACGAAGGCAUUCAGACUGACAGCUCCUGCGACCAAUCAUCGGAUAGGAUUCCCGUGGAGGCGGACUUCUUGUAUGCCUACUCCACCGCUCCAGGCUACUACUCUUGGAGGAACACUACCAACGGCUCCUGGUUCAUGCAGGCGCUGUGCGAGAUGCUGAAGAAGCACAGCAGCCAACUGGAGCUGAUGCAGAUUAUGACGCGGGUCAACAACAAGGUGGCGCUGGACUUUGAGUCGGCCUCCAGCACGCCAGGCUUCAGCGCCAAGAAGCAGAUCCCGUGCAUCAUGUCCAUGUUGACCAAGGACUUCUACUUCCCUUGUUAGUCGUAAAAUGAUGGCUGGUUUUGAAACCGUUCAAAUUGAUUAUGGGUGUUCGACUACUGGUGCUGAGGAGAUUAUUGGCUGGGUUUUUGUUUCUAUGAUGAAUGUAUGGGAUGAAUCUGGUGCUGGAUGUCGCUAUGUGUGUUCGCUUCCUUAGCUUCUUUUGAUGUACUGUACUUUACUUUAUUGUGAUGGUGUAAUCUGCACCGUCAAGGUGGAGGUUAGAAGCUGGCCACAUUUGGAACAGAACAGAAAUUUAUUUUAAAAUUUUAGUAUUGAUAAUUAUACAAUCAUUGCUAUUCGGUUAUCUGUGUCUUGAAUACACUCAAAUUGUAUCCAUUCCAAAGUGAAACAAAGUAUUUGUGCUUGACUCGAAUUUGAUUGUUGUUGUAUGCUUGCAAAACAAUGUUUUGAAAUGUUUGGUUUAGGAUUAUUAUAUUAUAAAAUAAGAUUAUUUAUCCUCGGUUUUUAGUAGCGGUUUAUGAACAGUCUUAAUAAAAAACAACACAGAAUGAUGAGCA